AUGACUCAUCCUCAGUCCAACCCCAGGCCCCUGCGCAAACUCCACGCUAGUCGUCUGCUUAUACCAUCCCGCAAUACUCAACCGAUACGUCAUCUUAUCCGUGCAGGAGAAACUAUUAACGAACCUCGUCCUCGCCUCAUUCGGAUCCGAUUCAAAGGUCGUACUCCCGACCAACGCACCGGGUGCCGGACAAUACGCCCAGGACACGUCGAUGCCACGAGGAGAGCGGCUCAGCGGGCCGUUCACCGCGAAGAUCUCGACGGGGGCAGCGGCUCCAGAUGUCGUGACUGGCGUGCCGGCGGGGAAGGAGUAGGAGAGCGAGCAGCCCCAGCUGCCAGAGGAGACGUUGAAUUCGACGAACAUGUCUUCUUUGUUGGUGCCGCCGGCUUGUUGGGAGAGGCGGAAGCCCGGGAGGUAGGAUGCUACUGGCUCCGCUUGGGAGACGCGGGCGAUGUCUGGGGUGACGGUCGUGCAGCUGGUGGGGCUGGGGAGGGCGUUGAUGAGAGGGAGAAGGGAGAGGAGGGGGUGAGUUACACACACUACUACACUGUCGACAACACCUCCAGCCACGAAUGGCGAGCCGCCUGGCCCCAACUCGUCGAAGAUGCGCAAAAAAUCAUCGACUACUCCGGCGUGCCUAUUGGCGGUCCCGACUUCGACGAGCCCUGCCCACCAAUCAUCGACGUACAGCAGGGAAUACACCUCAACGGAGUGGGAGACGACGGAUACGAGCCUCUCUGCUUGGACCGGCAUGGGAACGCAGGAUUUUCAUUCAUCAAGACGGCUUAUAGGCCAUAUGAUGAGGUGGUUGCAUGUAUCUUGCUCAGGGCGGCGGUGCUGGCUCCGAACUGUGUUAGCUUGAGCUCGGAUGGUGAUUGGGAGCAUGAUUGGGCUCUGCCUCGCCAGUUGUAUAGAGACCUGUGGGGAGUGGAUGUUGAGUGUCCUUGGAGUGAGACUGAGGUUGCGGAUGACUGA